CAGGUUUGUGUUGUAAAACAGGAAACGGUGAGAGGCGUUUAGCAGCAGUUAGCCUGUUGGCUACCAGCACUGCACAAGAAACGAAAUCAGAGCAAAAGCGGUUAUCUGAAGAAGGGAAUAAAGCGUAUCGUCUGUCCGGUUGAUUGGUUUCAUCUGUGGGACCGACAUGUCAGAGACGUACGAUUUCCUGUUUAAGUUCCUGGUGAUUGGCAGCGCUGGGACUGGGAAAUCAUGCCUCCUUCAUCAGUUCAUAGAGAACAAGUUCAAACAGGACUCCAACCACACCAUCGGCGUUGAGUUUGGCUCCAGGGUUGUCAACGUUGGCGGCAAAACAGUCAAACUGCAAAUCUGGGACACGGCCGGGCAGGAACGCUUUAGGUCAGUGACCCGCAGUUACUACCGUGGAGCAGCAGGAGCUCUUCUCGUGUAUGACAUCACAAGUCGAGAGACCUACAAUGCUCUGACAAACUGGCUGACGGACGCACGGACACUGGCCAGCCCCAACAUCGUCAUCAUCCUGUGCGGGAAUAAGAAGGAUCUAGAUGCGGACCGUGAGGUCACCUUCCUAGAGGCGUCUCGUUUUGCCCAGGAGAACGAGCUGAUGUUUUUGGAGACGAGUGCUUUAACUGGGGAAAACGUAGAAGAAGCCUUUCUCAAAUGUGCCCGUACUAUCCUCAACAAGAUUGAGUCGGGUGAGUUGGAUCCGGAGCGGAUGGGUUCUGGGAUCCAGUAUGGCGACGCGUCCCUGCGGCAGCUCAGACAGCCCCGGGGCUCUGCUGCACAGGUCAAGCAGCAGUGUAACUGUUAGGGGCCCGGACACCCUGACCACUACCUGACAUCCGACCCUACACACACAACCUCCCCCCUCAGCUCCGGGUGUCUCUGGGUAUGCACGGCCCUUACCCCCUCUCCCAAAUGUGACCCUUCCACACCCAGACACAUCUGGAUCAUUUCUUAUAAAGUCCAUCUGCAACCUUUGACCUCUGACCUCAGAAAGCUGUUCACCUAGGACAGAUCUCCCUGACUGCUUUGCGCUGGGCUGGGAGACCCCUAGCGAGGGGCACGGGCAGUAGAGGUGAAUCACGAUCCGACUGAGAAACUGUGCGUGUGUUUUUAACUUCUCCUGUGAUUCUUACACACACAGUUCCUUCUUAUAGAGUAAACAGCAAUCAUCUAGACACAUCAUCUAGGCCAUUCAACGACAGCAGUAGAUCAAACAUUCCUAGGUCUUAAAUUAGAUAUUGUUGAAUCGUUUUAUACAUUGUGACAUAUCAGAACUUUGUUGGUGUUUUGACAUUCCUAAAAAUGACACAUAAGCAUUUGAGUGCUCUGUGCAAGUUAGUUUGUCAGUUAUUACAACAGGCUGCAUUUUUAACCUGCUAAAAUGACUAGAAAGCCAAAUAUUGAUCUCCUUAGAGAACAUACAGCUGUUAAAACCCCUUAUACACUCAGAUAUUUACACUGUUGCAUUGGUCAUGCAUUUAUAGAGCUUUUGAAAGCACAAAAGAGGUGAAGGGGAAAAAGAAACAUCUGUUCAGAUCUUGUCACUCGGUCAGCACUAUCUGGUGCAUAUCAGAUGUUUACCGCCAUCUCAGUCUGGCUUGGGUUAGAGGUUAUCGUCUAGCUUAACCUCACCCGUCUUUCACAGACCUCCUACCUUCACGUUUAUUGAAAUUAAGGACAACAAAUCUUGUUGAUUUUGUUCUUAUUUACACAUUUAGAAAUAUAAAAUAAUACACAAUUGGUGUUUAAAAAUGUGUUUUACAGAAUGCCAAAAAAUUGCCUACAAAAAUAAUUGAAAAUUCUGGAACUAAAACUCAAGAACUCAAGUUAUAUUUCAUCCUAAAUUUGAAAUAAUUAAAUAAUAAAUUAUGUUUCCUAAAAAAAAAAAAUAAAGGCUGUUUUAGUACAGUUAAUUUUGACUUGAAUGAAGCACAUUUUCCUCACAAACUGUCAUUAAUGUUAAAUAAAUUCUAAAAUAAUUUAUGCUCAUUUUAAAACAUUUUUAUUACAUUAUAGUAAUGCAAAUAUCAUUUUAAUGCUUAAUUAUCUGAUAUAAGAUGUCACAAUGCAUAAAAAAAAAGAAAUCAUGAUAGCAAAUUUCUUUGUGGGGUGAAACCACGCAUUUCUUUGAGAUUCAACCCUGUUAUUUUGGAGUUUAACUCACAUAAAAACUGUACACCGCAAGUUAUAUUGUUAGAAUGGAAGAAUAUUUCCGUGCAGCAACCAGCUCCGACUCCGAGACUGCAACAUGAUUCAUCUUCCACUGUAGCUGUGGUGUUUAGUCGUACAUAUUUUGGGUUGAUUUGUUCGUUGUUUGCUCUGGUUACCCAUGACAGGGAGAUCUAGAGGUGAUGAGCGGCACAGUGCCCCGUUCCCUCAGUGACAUCAUCAUUAUGCACCACAGACAGACCUGUUUUGAUCUGUGUUUUAAAUACUGUCUACGUGAAUUGUGGGUUUUCUUUUUUUUGUUUUCUUUUUUCCUCUGCAAGUGCACUUUUUUUGACUGUUUAUAUACUGUACCUAUAGAAUUGUACAAUUUAUAGUAAUUUAAUGAUAUUAAAUGAGAGAAUAUUGUUUGAGGAGUGAUCAUUCCUUACUAAAGAACAACUGAGACUAGUCCGACACUAUUUCAGCAGUAAGGAGUCGUCUUGCCACCUCAGCUGUGGACAAGAACAUGCUGUUAGUCGUAAAUGUGGGGUGGGUGAUUGCCACAUCUCUUCUAGUUCAAGCACAGCCUUAACUGACUAACCACAUGAUUGUUCUUCGUCAUUCAAGAGGCUGCCUCAUACUCUCAUAAUCAUCCAAGCUCUUAAAAUGCACUUAUACUGUUACAUUUAUUUGUAUUUGUUGCUCCACCGCGUUGUUGCUUACCUGUUUUGUCUGAUUUAAAUCAUUUUUAUCCAACAAAAUUUAGAAUCAGAGGAAUAUUCCAGGGUAAAUAGAUGUUACAAGUUCUCUUGUUGUCACACUAGACUUUGAGCUUGUGAAAUUUGUACAGAUACUGCAACAUUUGUAAUACGAGUCACACUCUGUAUCUUUUUUAAAAACAAUUCAGCAUAUUUAAAAUGGGAAAAAAUGCAAUCUAUUCCACUUAAAGUAGUUCAGUCUUUCUUUUACUUCAGCUAAAGAGGUCGCAUUCAAAUUUGAACUUUGGAACGCAGCAAAAUUCGCAUGAGCUUUCUGUCUCCCACAUUCGCAUGCUGAAAAAACAAACAAACAAUAGAAACCAUCACAGAAAAUUUCCUCUACAAAUACCAUUACAAACAUUACAAACUAUCAACUUUUAGCCAUUAAAUCCAUUAAAAAGAUUUUUCUCUAGUGUGUUUUGAGACAUAUUCCAUUACGGUUAAGUGGUUUUAACAAGCCACCAGUAAAAGGUGACCAAUUACCAGUAGAAACCAAUAGGCACCAUUACAGUUUCCAUUAAAACAGUACAAUUCCCAUUAUACCCAGUAAAACCAUUACAAAUUCUGUGUUUGUUUCUGUUGAUUUUUUUUUUUUUUUUUUUU